AUGAUCUUCGCUGCCCGCCAACCGCAGGAAAGGUGUCAGGAGAUACGGACCAACCUCUACUCUACCCUGGUGGGUCUGAAGAAAGCCUUCGACGCGGUGAAUCGUGAGGGACUGUGGAAGAUCAUGCAGAAAUUCGGCUGUCCCGAGCGAUUCAUUCAGACGGUGCGUCAGCUCCACGACGUUCUGAUGACGUGCGUCACGGACAACGGUGUUGUCUCAGAGACAUUCGCAGUGAGGCAGGGCUGCGUCCUCGCGCCUACCCUCUUCAGCCUCAUGUUCUCUGCAUGAUGAUGGAGGCCUACAGCGGCGAACGCUCCGGGAUACGCGUCGCCUGCAGGACCGAUGGCUAACUUCUCAAUCAUUGGCAGAUGCACUUCCAGUCGCGUGUAUCCUCAACUACCGUCCAUGAACGUCUAUUCGCCGACGACUGCGCUUUCAGCGCCACCUCUGAAGGGGACAUGCAAAGGAGCAUGGAUUUCUUCGUCGUCGCCGCCGCCAGCCACAACUUCAGUCAGUCUGAUGUUCUCUGCCUUGCUGAUGGACGUCUACCGUAA